AUGUAUUGUAUAUCGUGUAUCGAUAACAACCAACACUCGAUAUAGCUCAACAAAAAAAUCGGCAAAAUCAAAGCAGCUUAAUAAUUUUUUGCAAAUUACGCUUGCUCUCCAAAACGUAGCAAGAUGCCAGUGCUGCCCAUGCCGCCGCUUUUGCAGAAUGCCGUCGAGCCAAUGCAAGUUGAUGCGCCACCAAACGAAGACAAUGAAAACAAUGAGGAGCUUCAAAUUGUGGUGGAGAAUCCCACAAUAGACUUGGAAGUGUAUGCUAAUCAAUACACGGGUAUUGCACGUCUCGAUCGUUUGAUUUACGUUGCCGACGUGUGUCCACUGUUCGCCCUGGAAGCACUUAAAAUGGCCAUUACCUAUGUUCAGUCCACAUACAACGUUAAAGUCUAUCAAAUGCUGCAUAAGCGACUCAGCGAUUUGCAAGCAGCCAAUGGCGCCGGCAACGCUGCUGCUGCAGCUGCAGGAGCCGUUGGAGGUGAACAGGCAGCCGCUGCCGCCGCAGCAGCAGCUGCUGUUGCAGUUGCCGCUCUGCCGGAUAUUGCUGCUCAACCGGCUGCCGCCGCUGCUGCUGCGGCUCAGGGCAAUAGUGCUGGUGGCGAGAAGGAUGCCUUUGCCUACGACGCCGUCUGGGUGGACACAAAGGUGAAGAAGGCCGCACUCAAACUGGAGAAACUCGAUUCUGAUUUAAAGAACUAUAAAUCGAAUUCGAUAAAGGAGAGCAUUCGACGUGGUCACGAUGAUUUGGCUGAUCACUACUUGAGCUGUGGUGAUUUAACUAAUGCCCUGAAGUGUUAUUCACGUGCUCGCGAUUAUUGCACAAGUGGCAAGCAUGUGGUCAAUAUGUGUCUGAAUGUCAUCAAAGUGUCCAUCUACUUAAAGAACUGGGCGCAUGUGAUGAGCUACAUCUCCAAGGCGGAGAGCACACCCGACUUUUCCGAAGGCUCGAAGGAGGCCAAUGCCCAGGUGCACACUAGACUGGAGUGCGCCGCCGGUUUGGCGGAAUUACAGCAAAAGAAAUACAAAGCGGCAGCCAAGCAUUUUUUGUCUGCCAAUUUUGAUCAUUGCGAUUUCCCCGAAAUGAUCUCCACCAGCAAUGUGGCCGUCUAUGGCGGCCUCUGUGCUUUGGCCACCUUUGAUCGACAGGAACUGAAACGUUUGGUCAUUGCAUCCACAUCGUUCAAGCUGUUUUUGGAGCUGGAGCCACAGUUGCGUGACAUUAUAUUCAAGUUCUACGAAAGCAAAUAUGCCAAUUGCCUCACACUGCUGGACGAGAUUCGCGACAAUCUACUGGUGGACAUGUACAUAGCUCCACAUGUCAGCACACUCUACACCAAGAUACGCAAUCGUGCGCUCAUCCAAUACUUUAGUCCUUAUAUGUCGGCGGAUAUGCACAAAAUGGCCAUCGCCUUCAAUUCAACGGUGGGCGAUUUGGAAAACGAGGUGAUGCAACUGAUACUGGAUGGACAGAUUCAAGCGCGCAUCGACUCGCACAACAAGAUACUCUACGCUAAGGAGGCGGAUCAGCGCAACAGCACGUUCGAGCGUGCUCUGUUGAUGGGCAAACAGUAUCAACGCCACACACGCAUGCUAAUCCUGCGAGCCGCCAUGCUCAAGAGCCACAUACACGUGAAGAGCGUUUCGCGCGACACCGGCAGCAAUCAUGGCGCGGAGCUCUGUGUGUCCGCCGGCUCCAGCACCACCACGCCUCUGGCUCGCAUUUAAAGGCAAAACUAUAUGCAACUUUUUAUUAUCUGUGGCAAAACAUUCGAUACACCAUAUGGGAGAGGGGAGAAGCCCCAAUAGCCAAUAAUGUAUCUAUCGAAAAGUUUUCCUCCCACUUUUCUGCGAAUUUCAUUCAUUUGUGCGGCAAAAUAAAGUCUUAUAGCGAAGCUAAUUAA